AUGGCACCACUGAGGAUCACUGUUGGAGGCUCGUCGGCUAUCACCCGGCAACCUGAGCGAGGCGUUCUCAGCGUCACUGUCAACGGUGAAGGGACGAGUCGCGAGAUAGUUUCCAAUAAGGUAACCGAGACUUCAAACGAGCUGACCAAGCUUUUCAGAGAACUUUGUCCUCAAGCAGAGGACCUAGGCCCAACUGCCGAUGCGGCGGUGGUGAGUUUUUCAUCCACCUCUCUCAGCACUUGGCGCUGGAAACCAUAUGGUGAACCAACGCAUUUUCAAAAUGAGGUGCAUCGUGGCAACCUAUCACUUGUCGCUGUCUUCCGCGACUUUACCAAAAUGAGCGAGGUUGUCGGCAUGCUGGUCGGAGUACCCAAUGUUGAUAUCAACUCAAUUGGCUGGGAGUUGACCGCUGCCACCAAGAAAGCAUUGAGCUCCCAGUCACGCAAGGAGGCUAUUCGUGAUGCGGUCCAAAAGGCAGAUGACUACAGUGAAGUUGUCGGGCGCAAAGUGGCCGCAGUGGAAAUCCAGGAUGGUUGGAAUUCAUCAUUCGGGUUAUUGCAACGAAGGCCCGCGGGUCUGUUCGGUGGAACUCCCGGUGGGAACUCAGGGGGCCUUUUCGGAAGUAGACAAGAUACCGGCGGGCCUUCAUCUGGGAGUCUGUUUGGCCGUUCUACUAACACCCCUGCUCCAGCCCCUGAUCCCCCUGCCACAUUGGAUUUGACACCUCAGUGUAUUCAAUAUACUAGCUCUGUACAGGUCAUAUUUGAAUCCGUUGAUAGCGCGUGA